AUGGAGCACAAUGACUCUGAGGAUCGGAUACCACAUCUAGGUUUGGAAUUCAAUUCAGACGAUGACGCCUUUUCUUUUUACAACAACUAUGCUUUCACUAUGGGUUUUAGUGUCCGGAAAGAAUUUUGCAAUAGGAGCAAAAAAACUGGUGAAGUAACCUCGAGAAAAUAUGUUUGCUGCAAAGAAGGUUUUCGUGCACCGGACCAAAGAGAUUAUAAAACUAAAAUACCUCGAGCAGAAACGAGGACAGGUUGUAACGCGCACAUGAGCAUUAGACUUGAUAGAGAAAAGGCAAAGUAUGUGGUUUACAGUUUUAAUGCAACAGAUAAUCAUGACCUUCAAAAUGAAGAAACUGCGCACAUGUUGCCGUCGCACCGUAACAUUUCUGCAGCCCAGGCUUAUGAAGUUGAUCUUGCUGAUGACUCUGGUAUUAGGUUGAAAUCUGCUCAUGAGUUUAUGGGGAAACAAGCCGGUGGAAUGGGUAAUCUCGGUUACACUCAACAGGACCAUAAAAAUUAUCUCCGAAGUAAACGGCAAACCAACUUGGAAUACGGGGAAGCUGGAGCUAUAUUAGACUAUUUUGAGAAGCAAACACUGAAAAAUCCCUCCUUUUACUCUGCAGUGCAAUUAGAUGUAGAAGAGAAAAUCACCAACAUAUUUUGGGCAUAUGCAAAGAUGAUUAUUGAUUACAGCCAUUUCGAGAGACAUUAUAUUUGGUGCUGCUCUUCUAUAUGA